UCGGCCGAGUAUCAAGAUGCAGAAGAUGCAUUAUCGUUAUUAUCUGCCUUUCGUCUCACUUAUUCUGAGUGAUCUUCCUCCCUUUUGUUCCCUCUUUACCACCGUAUAGGUUCAACCACUGUAUCAUUGACAACGUUGUUGCGAGCCUCCUUUCUUUUCUUUCGCAGCUAGCGACCACUUUCUUUCAUCGUCCAACUGGCUUGGCUGCUUACGCUCUUUUUUGAAUAAUCGUUUUGGUCGUUGGUAACAUUUGGACUAGUCUACGCUUCUCUGUUCGGUUCGUUUUUGUAUCUGGCUUCUAUGCUUAAUCUCUGACGUGACGAGAAAGAGCCCUGAUAUACGGUCUUAUUAACCAGACGACCUUCAGUAACUUCGAUUCUUGUAGCAGCUUGGCCUGCCUGUUUUACACAUACCUCAUUUUAAAUUCGUUGAGGCAGCGCCGUCUUCGCUAUUUUUACAACUAUCUACCUGUGGUAGAUUACGAAUAUACGAUGUCUCCAUCACUACAGUUAACCACAUCUUCCGCUAUGCCAUAUACACCGACAAGCGAUAUUCUUGAUCGACAUGAAUAUGGGGUCACGAAGAACAGGAAACUAACAGCAUCAACUGGCGGGGGAAGAGCUUGGAGCGAGGACGAGGAGGUCUAUCUUCUACAAACCCGCCUUCAAAAGAUGCCCUAUAAGCACAUCGCCGCUCACUUGAAGAAGACCGAACUAGCUUGCCGUCUUCAUUAUCACCAGCUGAGCCAUGGAAGCAAUCGCCGGAAGCGGACUACGUCCGUAUCUUCAGGUUCCUCCACGGGGCACUCGCCUAUCUUACCGGCAAUUAUCCCAUCGCCCGUCCAGGAGAGCCCUCGCGACGACACCUCCCCCAUGAGUGCUAUCGGUCACGAGCUCGAUUCGCCUAGUUAUACGACUUCAGUGCAACUCCCUAGUAUUAUAACGAAUGUCGGGACCUCGCCUCGUCUUCCCGCAAUCUUGCCAAAACCGUCGGCAAUUGCUCUCCCGCAUGCAGUCCCCUCGGUUUCGUGUAGCUUUCCUGCUUCGGGUCCUGAUUCGUCUCGGUCGCUGGCGCCAUCCCCGUUUCCCCAGUCCGCAUCAACUAGCCAGGUACCAGUACUUCGACUGGACUGUUCUCUCCCGCCGCCUUCGGCUCACGUGGACAUCCCUCGACUGCAAUCGAUAUAUGCCGCACAUCGGUCGUCAUUCUGGAGCGCUAUUGCAUCUGAAUAUGGGUCGGGAAUCAGUCCAGUCGUCCUAGAACAAGCGUGGAAGGCGAGCGUAUUUUCUAUGGGUGGUCAAACUCCAAUUACCCCCGUCACUAGUCCUAAUGACCGCGAAAUUAUCUACGAAAAGCAUGAUAAGACCCGUAUCAGCGCUAUCCUUGGUAUCGAUGCAAAUCCGCGAAGUCCGAAAGAGAGAGAAAUGGUUCGGCGAUUAGAAGAAGAACGAAGCGUCGGUGUAGCCGCUGGUGCUUAGAGUUCUGGGCUACCAUUCAAUAUUGAAGAUGAGUACGGCAUCGUUACUCAUUUGUCAGUAUGGUACUUCACAUCGGUACUAUUUUACAAUCGGGAUAGAUUAUUGCCCAUCCCAGCUGGGCAACUUUUCCCAUAUCAUCUGUUUUGCCCUUGUAUGCCUCUAGAUUUUCUAAUCGCACAUAUCAGUCACAAUUUACACAUCGAUUCUCUUCUGAAGCAUACGGAGGUUGCUACUGCGACCAC